AUGACUGGUAUUCACAAGUUGCGUCCUUCAUCAGCAAAGUAUAAAGAGAUAUGGGAUGCAAACCAAGUAUUCAAGCACUUAUCUACUAUCAAAGUUAUCCCUAAGUACACAUACACUGCGUUAUUAAACAAGACACUUGUACUCUGUAAAAUGUUUGGUUUAGCAAGAUCAUCAGACUUGGUGAAGUGGUCGUUCAAAGGUCUCAUUAUUACUAUUGACUCAAUCAAAGGUCCAGUUAUUAAUGCUAAAGAACAAAGAAGUGGUGUUGUUUCAAUCUUAGAAUUAACUUCGUUAGAUGAUACAAACUCUCAAGUAUGCCCUGUUCGCCACCUUGCAACAUACCUUAGAGCCUCUAAAGGAAGAAGAAAGCCCCAUUCGGGUGACUCUGUCUUUAUUAAGAAUGAGGGUGAACCGCUCCAAGUUAAUGAUAUUAAUUCAAUUGUACUAUCAACACUCUCAAAGUCAGGUAUUGAUAUUGUCAAGUUCAAAUCUCACUCUACCCGUUCCGCUAUGGCUUCUCUGCUGUUGUCCAAUAACGUUCCGUUCCACGUUGUCAAGAAGAUGGGUCGUUGGAAAUCAAACGAUACUGUAGAUACCUUCUACGAUAAAAGAAUCAUUGGUGAAAAAUCUGGUGGUUUCUUAAAUACUGUCCAAAUUUCAUAA